AUGAAAUCUACACCUAGCGAAAUAUUAGAUUAUCGAUGUCGACUUGAAAAUCCAACAUCAUUAGGACGUUCAGGUGUUAGUCAAAUAUAUCAAUUACAUGGACUUCAGGCUGAAGGUUAUAAAAUAUUACAAGAAUUAUUUACUAAUAUAAAAGACAAAUUAUUCAAUGAAUAUGGUGUUCGUACUUAUUCAACAAAAAACGAGAUCAAAGUAGCAAUUGAUGGUGUAGUCUUAAAUCAAUAUUUAACCAAAGAUAUUGAUUGGUUAGGUAUUGAUCGUUUUACAUUAGAAAUAAUUUUAAGAAAAGAAUUCUGUUUGAAAUUCAAUAAUCAAAUUGAAUGGAAAUGUAAUAGUAGAGUAAUGAAAUUAAUUGUUAAUCAAUCAUCAAAUAUUGUUAAAGGUGUAAAAUAUCGAUCAAAGAAAAAUAUCGAUUCAUCAUCAUUAUUUGAUAUCUAUGGAGAUUUUAUUAUUGAUUGUACUGGUCACAAUACAUCAUCAUCUAAAUGGUUAAAAGAGAGUUUGAAUUUAAUUGUACCAACUGUACAAAUACAUUUUGGUGGUGGUGCUGUUACAUUUAUUGGUGAAAGAUUUCGAACCGGUAAUCUAACAUUCGAUUCAGCGGCUGUAAUUGGUGUCAUUGCUAAUCCUCCGAAGAAAAAUACUAGUUUUAUUCUAAGUCCAGUGCGACAAAUCAAUACAACUGAUCAAAAUUCAUUAGGAAUAUUAACAGCAUGUGCUAUAACCUGUGUUAAUUCCGAAUAUCCACCUAAUGAUUCAUAUGAAAACUUAUUAGAAUGGACAAAAGAAAAUCUAGAUCCAGAAUAUUUUACGGUUAUAAAAUCAAUAAAAAUUUCUAGUCCAAUAAUUCCAAAUCGUCAUGCAAUUGAUGAUCGAAAGUAUGUCGAAGUACUCGGUAAAAAAUGGCCUCAAAAUUAUGUAUUAAUAGGUGAUGCUAUGUGUACAUUUAAUCCACAAUAUGCACAAGGUAUGACACAUGCAUGUAGACAGGCAAGAGAAUUAGGAAAAAUCUUUGGCGAAAAUUGUCAUAAAUUAAAAGAUAUUUCUCAUAUUUUUAAUCGUCGUGCUUCAAAAAUUACUGAAGAAUGUUGGCUUGCUUCGACUGUAAAUGAUUGGAAAAUACCAACAUUAAAAGUAAUUGAAACAAAUAAAAAUGGUCAAGUGAAAAUUUAUCAAAGAGGUUAUCAUUCGGAUAUAACUAACAAUGAUGAACCACGAACACCUUUAAAAAUACGAUUUAUGCAAUGGUAUAAUUAUUGGUUUUUUCAAUGUGCAUCGAAAUCUGAACAAUUAGCUACAGAUUUCCUAUUUGUUGUCAAUCAAUCGAGCAAUCCAUUAAUAUUAAUGAAACCUACAACUUUUUUUAGAGUUAUUCGUAUGGCAUUCAUGAAUUAUUUAAAGGAGAAAGGUCUUUUUGGUAGAAGAUCGACUUCAUAG